AUGGCAGCCAUCAGAAGAAUUGUCGGCUACAACAGUUCCGUAUCUCCCUUUCUUCUCACUUCCCGCAGAGCAAUUUCUUUCAAGCUUUUCAUUGGAGGACUCUCUUUUCACACAACAGAGAAAACUUUAUCAGAAGCAUUCUCAAAUUAUGGACAAGUUAUAGAAGCUAAAGUUGUAACUGAUAGGGUGUCAGAGAAAUCCAAAGGGUAUGGUUUUGUUACUUUUGCUUCACAAGAUGAAGCUGAGAAUGCCAUAGCUGAGAUGAAUGAAAAGGCACUAAACGGACGUGUUGUCUUCGUCGAUUAUGCAAAACCAGAUACUAAACGCAGUAUGGGAAUGCCAAUUGCAAGAGGGCCUCCUGAAGUUCUGAACAAACAAGAGAUAAUAGAUUCUCCUCAUGACAUGUGA